UAGUUGACUUUGAGCGUACUAAGAGGCUUCUAGUCUUCCUUGUUUCUGUAUUUUUUUCUGGAGAAAUGGACUUGUAUUAUUAUUAUUAGAAACAUCAAGAUUAGUCAAAUCUUCAAUCUAUUCAAGGACCUCUUCAAGCCAAUCGUACUAUUCAUCUAGGUUAGAUCGAGUUUUGGGUCUGCUUUGUGACAAAUACAAUCUCUUUUUGCAUGAUUACACGAAACAAUAAGGAAGAACUCGCCAGAGAUUUUGCAUAUUCAAUAGCCAUACUCACAUAGGAUUCAUGACAGAUUUCACCUCUCAUAGCAAGAUAGAGCGAUUUCAAGGUUUUCAUGGACUUAACUCAGUUUUAUAGACUCCCAAUCUCAAGAAGAAAUAUGUCGUCUCCCCCAACCAGUGUAUUGAAGGGACAGACAGCACUACCUACAGAUAAAGUUCAACAGAUUGGGCUACUUAAUGCAGUUAAUGAUAAAUAUGGAGGAGUUGUGGUAGAUAUGAAGGAACCCAUGGACUUUCACAUCUAUGUUCCUUUGCUUAGAGCUUCGAUAUCCCAAUGGAGGCAACAGGGGAAGAAGGGUGUUUGGAUCAAAUUGCCUAUUCAACAAGCUAACCUUGUUGAACCUACAGUUAAGGAGGGUUUUAGGUACCACCAUGCUGAAUCAAAUUACUUGAUGCUGGUCUAUUGGAUUCCUGACAGUCCUGAUACUCUUCCUGCAAAUGCUUCACAUAUAGUUGGCAUUGGUGCCUUUGUUAUGAACAAUAAGAGAGAGGUGCUGGUAGUUAAGGAGAAACAUGGAUACUUCAAAGGUAAAGAUGCAUGGAAGUUUCCUACAGGCGUUGUUAAUCAGGGUGAGGAUAUUUGUGCGGCUGCAAUUCGAGAAGUAAAAGAAGAGACAGGAAUUGACACAGAAUUUAUGGAAAUUUUAGCAUUCAACCAAACCCACCAGCAAUUCCUUGGAAAAUCAGAUUUAUUUUUUGUUUGCAUGUUACAACCACUCUCCUUUGACAUCACAAAACAAGAUUCAGAGAUUAAGGCAGCCCAGUGGAUUCCAAUCGAUGAGUAUGUGAACCAAACUUACAACCGGGAACACAAGCCAUUCGAAUAUGUUGCCAAGAUAUGCUUAACUAAGUCACAGAGUAACUAUGGUGGAUUUUCAGCAGUGCAUACACUAACAUCAUCUGGCAAACAGCCCUAUUUGUACUUCAAUGGGCAAGAUUUCAAACCGUGAUAGCAUUCUUCGUAGAAUAUGUAGUCGUGCUUGAGAAAUUAAUUAGUUAGUAUAUGAGCUAAAAUAUUCUCACAGGGCUUGGUCGUGUUUAUUAGAUUAAAGAAAUAAAUAGAGCAUAUGGGUCUUUCACUUAAACACCAAACACAGUUCAUGCAGACUCAUUGCUCUUUGCCUUCAACUGUUCAUAUGAACAAUGUGCUUUUAUUUUUUUGUUCAUUGAACUUUUAAUUUUUGCAAUUUCAACCUCGAAAAUUAUAAUAUUAUUGUUUUUUUUGUA